AUGCAUUCGAAUACUAUUCUAAUAGAUGACAACAACAAUAACAACAACAACAACAACAAUAACACAGUAACAACAACAACAGUAACAACAACAACAAUAGCAACAGCAGCAACAGUAACAACAACAACAACAAUAGCAACAGAAGCAACAGUAACAACAACAACAACAAUAGCAACAGCAGCAACAACAACAACAAUAACACCGUAA